UUUUUUUUAUUUCAAGCUUCUUUCUAGCGCUGCGGGUGGCGAGGAGGGCGAGCAGCGCGCACGCGGGGCCGCGGAAGAAGCGAGGGGGAUCAAAAGCCAUGAAGAAGCACUACUUCACAAGGCUUAAGGCCAAACGAAGUUAUUCAUGGCUUGACUGUGAAUUCUAUGACAGGAAACUUCACCACAAUCUCUACAAAAGUAUCUGUGUGACAUCUCCAAGCAGCAACAUCAAAGUCCAAAUCAAUCUAGGGGACUUUGUGUUAGUUGAGGGACAUGACGAUGACAAUCCAUAUAUCGCCAAGCUGAUCAAGCUCUCCAGGGAUGUCUCGGUAGAGUCUGAGCCUAACUCACACGCCGUGGUCCAGUGGUUCAUUCGCUUGAGCGAGAUCCCCGUUGGCAAGCGCAAGCUGCUUGGCCGAGAGGCUGCCAAACAGGAGAUCUUCUGGUACGAUGACCCUCCAAGGGACAUUAGAGUCGAAAGCAUCCUCGGCCCAGUUCAGGUGGUGGCUCUGGCCCCAGAGGAGGCAGUACCGAAGGGGCAGAAAGAUGAACAGACAUUCUAUGUCAAACUCUCCUGGGACAACAAGAGCUUUCGACCGCUGGCCCCAAAGCUGCUUGCUGAGAUGAGGAAGUCACAUGAGAUGAGCCCCUGGCGCAACGCCUCUCCCAGGGUGGUGGGGGCCAGGCCCAGGAACACUGCUGAGCGGGGCAUUGGACGCAUAGAGUCCCGGCAUUCCAUUUCCAAGUCCUGUCCCUCCCAGGAGAUACGCGCUAGCCGAACCUCCCGUUCCUCCACCCCUCCCCGGGCCAGAAAGCGGCUGGAUCUGGGAAGUCCCCAGAGGACGCCCUGCAGAUCUCCCCACACCAAGCUCAAGCUGGCCCAGCCCACACCUGCCAACAGUCCCUGUAACUCUUCAGGACCUACUAAACGGAGGGUGGCCUUGCCUGAGACCCCUUCACCUUGUAAGAGAGCUCGGGCCAGUGCCAGUACUCAAGCCCUUACUGCAGCUCAGAGAGAAGCCAGGUUUAGUAAGAUGAGACUCGCUCCUUUCGAAGCGGUUGUGGAGACCAGCCCUUCCAUGACACUAAGGCCCAAGCUCAGCCAGCCCAGGGUGGCCGGAAGGACAGAUUCAGAGGAGGACCAGGGUGAGAGCCCACAGAGCCGCAGGACGCAGCCGCUCAGGUCUGUGAGAAAGACCAAGAAGACUUUAAGAAGUUUAGGUAGCAAGAGAUGUGACUCAGAAGGCGAAGAUGAGUACUCACCAGGAGAAGAAAGCUCUGGCUCUGACUGCAGCAGCAUUGAGAAAGAAGAGACGGCCACACCCCGACACCGCCAGAGAAGGCGGAGAGCUGCGGUCAUUGCCCAGCACUCUGCCAGAAAGUCUUCCAUACGGACCACCCCUUCUAAGCCACGUUCUAAGACUCCUUCCAAGACACGUUCUAAGACUCCUUCCAAGACUCCUUCCAAGACCCCUUCCAAGACACGUUCUAAGACUCCUUCCAAGACCCCCCAAAAAACAUCUGAGCUCAGGCCCCCCCAGAUCCGCAGGCGCAGACAGGCUGCCCAGAAACCCACAAACACACUUGAAGAGGCCCGGAUGAGGCUGCAUGUCUCUUUUGUGCCCGAGUCUCUGCCGUGCAGGGAGCAGGAGUUCCAAGAUGUCUACAGUUUUGUGGAAAGCAAACUUCUUGACCGGACGGGAGGGUGCAUGUACAUCUCUGGGGUCCCUGGCACAGGGAAGACAGCCGUCGUGCAUGAGGCGGUGCGUUCCCUGCAGCAGGCCGCCCAGGCAGAGGAGCUGCCCCCCUUCCAGUACGUCGAGGUCAACGGCAUGAAGCUGACAGAGCCCCAUCAGGCCUACGUGCAGAUCCUGCAGAAGCUGACAGGUCAGAAGGCCACCACCAGCCAUGCUGCAGAGCUGCUGCAGAGGCACUUCAGCCAGCCUGCCCCUGGCCAGGAGACCACGGUGCUGCUGAUGGAUGAGCUCGACCUCCUGUGGACCCCGAAACAGGACGUGCUAUACAACCUGUUUGACUGGCCUACUCAUGGCGGCAGCCAGCUCGUCGUCCUGGCCAUCGCCAACACCAUGGACCUGCCCGAGAGGAUGAUGAUGGGCAGAGUGGCCAGCCGCCUGGGCCUCACCAGGAUGUCCUUCCAGCCUUACACCUAUAAGCAGCUGCAGGAGAUCAUCGUGUCCCGCCUGGAAGGGGUGAAGGCCUUCGAAGACGAUGCCAUCCAACUGGUGUCCAGGAAGGUGGCGGCCCUGUCUGGUGAUGCCCGGCGCUGCCUGGACAUCUGCAGGCGAGCCACAGAGAUCUGUGAGUUCUCCGGUCAGAAGCCAGAUUCCUCAGGCCCGGUCAAGGUGGCCCAUGUCCUGGAAGCUGCGGAAGAAAUGUUUUCAUCCUCUUACAUAAUGGCCAUCCGGAAUGCCUCCAUCCUGGAGCAGGGUUUCCUGAGAGCCAUCCUGGCAGAAUUCCAUCGGUCAGGCCUCGAAGAAGCAACACUUCAGCAGGUCUACCGCCAGCACUUGGCUUUGUGCAGAAUCGAGGGUCUGCCGCACCCCACGGUGUCCGAGACAAUGGCUGUGUGCUCCCGCCUGGGCUCCUGCCGCCUUCUGCUGGUAGAAGCCAGUAGAAAUGAUCUGUUACUGCGAGUGCGCCUGAAUGUGAGCCGGGAUGAUGUCCUCUACGCGCUGAAGGAAGAGUGAUGAGGAAGCCAGGAGAAACACCUAACUUAUCACAGAUUGUUAUUUCUAAAUUAGUUCUUUUUUUUGAGCAAGGAGGACAUUUUCAUACUGAAUGGAAAUAGUUUUAUCAUGUAUUUAAAAUUUUACAUUAAAUAUUUUGCUUUUUUCUAACA